CAAUAAUAAUCUAAACACAGAAUGGGAUGACACAAAAUUGUCUUAAAAUAGUUUACAAAACAAACAAUACCAUUUUUAAUUUGAUAAUCAUGUGCAAAUCAUUUGAUUCUGCCUUUUGCUCAAAAUUCGUUUUUUCCCAUUGACCGAAGACUUCCCUACUUCUGACCGUAGAUGCCUGAAUUUUGUGGCAAACCCAGUGCAGGGCGUCCGGCAAGUAUAAAAAAGUAUGUUGUUGGUCUCAUUAUCAAGACUUCAUCAGAUGCAUCAAAUGUGGAGAAAGAAAAGGUGUACAUUGGAAAGCUGAACAUGAUCCUUGUUCAGAUCCUGAAGCAGGAGUGGCCCAAGCACUGGCCCACCUUCAUCAGCGACAUUGUCGGGGCGAGUCGCACGAGCGAGAGCCUCUGUCAGAACAACAUGGUCAUCCUCAAGCUGCUCAGCGAGGAGGUUUUUGAUUUCUCCAGCGGCCAGAUGACCCAGGUCAAGGCAAAGCAUCUAAAAGACAGCAUGUGCAACGAGUUCUCCCAGAUAUUCCAGCUGUGCCAGUUUGUUAUGGAAAAUUCCCAGAAUGCCCCUCUGGUCCACGCCACUCUGGAGACCCUCCUGCGUUUUCUCAACUGGAUUCCUCUUGGGUACAUCUUUGAAACCAAACUGAUCAGCACAUUGGUGUAUAAGUUCUUGAACGUGCCCAUGUUUCGCAACGUGACUCUGAAGUGCCUCACAGAGAUUGCCGGUGUGAGCGUGAGUCAGUACGAGGAGCAGUUUGUCACACUCUUCACCCUGACCAUGUGUCAACUCAAACAGAUGCUGCCUCUGAACACUAACAUUCGUCUGGCCUACGCCAACGGGAAAGACGACGAGCAGAACUUCAUCCAGAACCUCAGUCUGUUCCUCUGUACGUUCCUGAAGGAGCACGGGCAGCUCAUCGAGAAGCGGCUCAACCUCCGAGAAACAUUAAUGGAGGCCCUCCACUACAUGCUGCUGGUGUCGGAGGUGGAGGAGACUGAGAUCUUUAAAAUUUGUCUCGAGUAUUGGAACCACUUGGCUGCUGAGCUGUACAGAGAGAGUCCCUUCUCCACGUCCACGUCCCCCCUGCUCUCCGGCAACCAGCACUUUGACGUGCCCCCUCGCAGACAGCUCUACCUGCCUGUACUCUCCAAGGUGCGUCUGCUUAUGGUAAGUCGGAUGGCCAAGCCGGAGGAGGUGUUGGUGGUGGAGAACGACCAGGGAGAGGUGGUCAGAGAGUUCAUGAAGGACACCGACUCCAUCAACCUCUACAAGAACAUGAGGGAAACUCUGGUGUACCUCACUCAUCUGGACUAUGCAGACACAGAGCGUAUCAUGACAGAGAAGCUGCACAACCAGGUGAACGGCACCGAGUGGUCCUGGAAGAACCUCAACACGCUGUGCUGGGCCAUCGGCUCCAUCAGCGGGGCCAUGCACGAGGAGGACGAGAAGAGGUUCCUGGUCACCGUCAUCAAGGAUCUCCUGGGUCUUUGCGAGCAGAAGAGAGGGAAGGACAACAAGGCCAUCAUCGCCUCCAACAUCAUGUACAUCGUCGGCCAGUAUCCUCGCUUCCUCAGAGCACACUGGAAGUUCCUCAAAACCGUCGUCAACAAACUCUUUGAGUUCAUGCAUGAGACCCAUGACGGAGUUCAGGACAUGGCCUGUGACACGUUCAUUAAAAUCGCCCAGAAGUGCCGGCGCCACUUUAUCCAGGUGCAGGUGGGAGAGGUGAUGCCCUUCAUCGACGAGAUCCUCAACAACAUCAACACCAUCAUCUGCGACCUUCAGCCUCAGCAGGUGCACACGUUCUACGAGGCAGUAGGUUAUAUGAUCGGAGCCCAGACAGAUCAGACAGUUCAGGAGCACCUGAUAGAAAAAUACAUGCUGCUUCCAAACCAGGUGUGGGACAGCAUCAUCCAGCAGGCCACCAAGAACGUGGACAUCCUGAAGGACCCGGAGACUGUGAAGCAGCUGGGCAGCAUCCUGAAGACCAACGUGCGGGCCUGUAAGGCCGUGGGACACCCCUUCGUCAUCCAGCUGGGGCGGAUCUACCUGGACAUGCUCAACGUCUACAAGUGCCUCAGUGAGAACAUCUCAGCCGCCAUUCAGACAAAUGGUGAGAUGGUGACGAAGCAGCCCUUGAUCCGGAGCAUGAGGACAGUGAAGCGGGAGACUCUGAAACUGAUCUCAGGCUGGGUCAGCCGAUCAAACGACCCCCAGAUGGUCGGCGAGAACUUUGUUCCUCCGCUGCUGGACGCCGUCCUCAUCGAUUACCAACGCAACGUCCCCGCUGCCCGGGAGCCCGAGGUCCUCAGCACCAUGGCAACCAUUGUAAACAAGCUGGGCGGACACAUCACCAGUGAGAUCCCACAGAUCUUUGAUGCCGUCUUCGAGUGCACCCUAAACAUGAUCAACAAG